UAAAACAACAUAACGAAAUUGACGCGACCUCUCAAACAAAUAGAGCGACAUCACGCAAACGUCGGACAGAAAGUUCAAGCAGAAAAACCCGGAUUGGAGGACAUGUUUGUCAUCAGAAUGUAUUUAUUCGGGUUGUAAACUGUCAUGAACUGCAUGGGAUCAAGUUCUGAGCAAUGUUGCGAAAUUUGUGGCUUUUUUUUCCACGAGAGGUUUACCAAACUUAGCUUCAAAAUUAAUUUGACCGUGACGGCGCGUGAGAAAGUUCGCCAACUCGGAAAUUCAAGGACUUCUGAGUGCUAACGCCACGGCUAUGUACACAUGCAUUUAUGUUCAUGUCGGUUACAUGAAUUGCAUUCCAUACGGGACCUUCUGAUAUUCGUAAGCCGGAACUCACGACUGUGGAUCACGACAGCUUGUAUUUUCAGCAGUGGAUGGACACAAGGAUCAUAAAUUUGGACUGAACUCCGCUGUGAAAAUUGAAAGUGAAAUACUUUUACUGUCAAGUCAUGACUGUCAUUCAUCAAACUCAAAGAGUUCCUUGGUCGUUUCACUGCAAUGACUGUCACUUUGACAGCGCUGUUUAAACGUGUGGUGUGUUAAUCUAUCAGUAUGAUACACAACUGGUCAUGUUAUGUUUUACUUUCAAGUGUUGUAAAUGAGUAAAAACUAAUGGGCCAUCAGUCAUUGUCAGUGUAUCUGCAAACUUCAUUAAUGUGACAUGUUAAGGUAAACACUGUUCUUGGACUUGGAGUUUUCUUUACUUGGGACCUGCAUUCGUUGCCGUUGUCAUUAUUUGUCAUCUAGGUUAUUCCAGCAAGUGGGCUAGUCUGGUUCAACUGUGAAUCUGGAAAUCUUUGAUACAUUGUGAAGGAGGUUUCAGUGAUACUGAUAGAUAAUAUAUCAAUUAUCAUUGUCCAUUGUAAAAACCGUGUUACGUUUGUCAUACUUGCCUAUCGUGACAACAUCAGCUGUUUACUGAAUAAUUUUUAAGAAAUCAACAUUUUUAUCCAAGCUCAGAAUCUAUGCCACUAAACAGCAGAUACGAAUUUCAAAGCCUUGAAAAGUCAGUGGUUGGGUAUCAUUAUACAUGUACAUUGUUUGGAAUUGCAGUUUCCAUACUCGACCCAUUCUGCGUUUGAGACACACAUCAUUUGGAGCUAGUUUGUAACCAGGUUUGCUGGUCUACCUGAAUCUGGACUCGGCGGGAGAAAAUCUGUGAAACGAAAAGCUUUGAGUGAAAACUGAGAAACCACGUAUUGAUGAAGAACAUGGAUAUCAUAGACGAUUUGCUGUUGUCCAAGGUUCAGCUGUGGGGGACUCUUUGGAAGAAGCCCUUUGGGCCAACCUCCAACUCUGGAAAGUGGCAAAAGAGAUUCUUUGUCAUCAAGGAAGGCUACCUGCUCUACUACGCAGAAAAUGAAAAGAAAGAUUUUGAUAGGAAACGCUAUUUCAAUAUGCACCCUAAGGGUGUUAUACCUCUGGGUGGAGCUCUUGUAACUCCUACUACUGACCCGAUCAAGAUGUGGGCAAUACGCAUCGAUCAUGACGAGGUCCAAGGGUCAAUUUUCAUCGCUACCGACUCGGAGAAUGAACGGGAAAAAUGGAUGGAAGUGAUGAGAAAGUCAAGUCGAGUAACAUGGAGGAAUGCCGAGCUGGGAGAGACCAUGAUUCAGACAUUAGAGCAACAGAGUCUGGAGUUAGCAAGGGACAGCCAAAGAUACCGAGAACAGUGGCAUCUAGAGGCCAUGGCACUACGUGAUGAGAUGGAUAAGAAUGAGGAUCUGGAAAGAUUGACUGCCGAGUUGGAGGAAGAGAAGAGAAAGAUUGAAGAAACGGCCAGAGAACUACUGGAUGAGCAUGAACGGACCAAAAUGGAGUUGGAGGAAACGACGGCAGCAAUGCAACAGGUGGCUAAGGACCAAGAACAUCUGACGAGAGCGUCUGUUGACUUCCAGUCUGAUCUAGAGAUAUUAGCCUUGGAGCGUGCAAAGACUAUGGCCCAGCUGGAAACACGAGAGGACACCAUGCAGAAACUGACCAGUGAAAACCAAUCCCUGUCGUCUGAGACCUCUACCCUGAAAAACAAUCUCAAACUGAUUGAAGAUAAGACUAACACGUUGCAACAUGAACUGCAUCAGAUUAAUGAGAGAUUGUUAGACAAAGAGAAAGAAGCAGCAGUUUUAGCAGAGGAGAAGAAAUCCUUCAGUAUACAAGCACAGGAGCUGGAGUCCUCAUUACAUGACCUGACUGUUCAGAAAGAAAUGACCGAGUCGGAGCUGCGUGAGGAAAUCAUCGCUCGUCGUGAUGCAGAGCGACGACUCAAGAAUGCGGAGGAUUCUCUGGCCAGAUUAGAUAAAGCCUUGAAGGAGAGCAGGCCAGAACCAGUCACUAAACGAGACACUGAGCUGGAUGUGGAAAUCUUCACCAAUGUGGCGCACCUCAAAAAAUUCUUUGAGGACAUUGCAAUGGAGGCCAAGCUAGAUGCUAACAAACCGAUGAUCAUGAAGAACGCACUCCACGCUCGCAAAUCCUUCGUCCGAAAGACCAAGAGCUUCAAGUUUCGGAAGGAUCGCGACAAAACCGUCAACCGUCACAAUACAAGCGCUGCAGUGUUUCGGGGCCGGCCGCGUCCAAAUGCAGCAGCUAAACAGGGUUUUGCCUCAUUCCGCACCUCCCCGAUGGUCCCGUCGCUAGGCAACAUGGCUCGAUACUCCAUCGCCAUGGGCAACCUACAGUACCUUGAGGCAGAUGAGAGCACGGAAGAGGACCAACCAGACCUACCCCCCUGUCACCAACUCAGCGGUAGCAAGGCGGUCAGUCACACCCCUGCCGCCGACACCACUAUUCCUGACUUCACGGGUAUGAUGCCAACCCCCUCGCUAAGCUCAUCAGACAACGCCGGGGAUGACAGCUCAUCAGUGAGCAGCCAGGGCGGGUCAAAGAGCACGGAGGACUCGGGCGAUUUGGAUGAGCUACAGAUUGCAUUUGAGGAGAAAGUGUGAUGUCCGUUUUUUUAGGCCACAUGUUAUUGCAAGCCAUCUUUUCUGUAAAAAAGGGACUCCUCGACUGAUUAAGGCACCUUGCUCAAAAACAAGGCUGUGUGGCCGCAGGAUGUGAAUUCUACUGCAGUGGCAGAACCAGUUUACAUCAUUUCAGUGUUUAGCCCAAUUCCGUGAAAUUAUCCCAAAGCUCUGUGAGUGUAAAUGUGACAUCACUAUAGAAUAUGCGGCUGUUAACAUAAUACAUUCAAAGUCUGUUCUGUUGGCAUUUAGAACAUAACCAAAUUCAAACCAGGUUAUGCUUUUAUUUGUGCAAAUUUGUUUGAUAGGUUUUUAAGGCCUCACAUUAAGUCACACAGUGGCCUUUAUGCUUAUCACAUGAAGCCAUAUGCAGCAACAGAUAGAAUUUACAGAGUAGAUAUUUUGCAGCAACCUCCCCCCUGACAGUAAAGUCACUGCAGUCAGCAAAACUGAAG